AUGGACGUCAAAGCACAUGGCGCAAUGGGACCGAAUAUUUUGCUAACUGGUACUCCAGGAACUGGGAAGACAACUCUGGGUGUAGAACUGUCGCAGAAAUGUGCCAUGAACUACUUCAACAUUGGGGAAGUUGCGAAGCAGGCUGAGCUGUAUGAGGGGUGGGAUGAGGAGUACCAGUGUCCUGUGCUGGAUGAGGACAGGGUUAUAGAUGAACUGGAUGAGGGUAUGAGAGAUGGUAACAACAUUGUGGAUUAUCAUGGCUGUGACUUCUUCCCUGAACGCUGGUUUGACAUUGUCUUUGUGCUGAGAACAGAUACUUCCCAUCUAUAUGAUAGACUACAACAAAGAGGCUACGCUGGGAAGAAACUUGAAGACAACAUUCAGUGUGAAAUAUUCCAGACAAUCCUUGAGGAGGCUAAGGAAUCGUACAAGCCCGAAAUCGUUCAUGAACUGACAAGCAACACACCAGAUGACCUAGAGGAAAAUUUAGAGAAAAUUAUUGCCUGGAUAGAGCAAUGGAAGGCCACUCACUAGCAUCUAGGCAUGUUUAUUGACUGAGAAUACAGCUCCACAAUUACAUGUGCUCACUUGACAUGUAUUUACACGAUGAGGCUUGUGCUGUUCCGGUAGCUUAUCAAAAGCAAAUGAUCAAGGGAGACAAGAGUGAAAGAGCAGUGGGACACAUGAAGAAGGCAAAGUAAAGAAAGUAUGACAGAUAUGAGAUUGGUUAGUUGAAGUGAUCUCCCUUUAGUGUAGCUCAUUUCUUUCGGACACAUGGUGCAGACUGAAAGUAGCAGGAUGCAGUUCUUCAGGAGAACCUUGUAAACCCUGUGGCCUGAUAUUUUACUGCUGCUUUAUUGAAAAGCAGAUGUAACUUUGUUUCUCAUCAGUUUGAAUAAGCACAUUUCACUGGUUUUCACUGGAUGAGAAAUUUGUUUUAGUCGUUAUUUAAUUUAAGACUGAAUGGCUUUUGGGACAGAGUGUCUUGUACACAUUGUAAGUGUUACACGAAAUGCUACAAAAUCUUUUUGUUUUGUUUUUGUUAUUGUAUGCAUGAAUGUGCAAUUCCAUUCUUCUUUUGUUAUAAGUGUUCACAUUUUUUUGUUAUACUGGAUAGUGGAUAAAUGUACAUGUUAAAAAUGUUGUGAAUAGAAAUCAAACGGCCGGUAAACUGUUUGCCUUGCCCGUGGUAAACCAGUAAUUUUUCUACAACUUACUCUCGCUGAUGAUGUACAAGUAUGGCUGCUUAAAGGAGGGGGCCUUAAGGACAUAGUGGCCAAAAUUCUCUACAUUCACAGUUCAAAUUGCAAACUUUUUAAACGGUUAAAUCUCAACAAACAGGUCUGCAAACAUCAUACUUCUGUGAGGACAAUAACUCCUUGCUCAAAAGUAGAUCUUUUAUUCGAAGAGUUGUUGUGUGGAUCAGUUUUGACACCUACCAGGAAAUGCAUGGAUGCUUUCUUGUUUGCAGGUUGUUACGGUAAUUAAACAUACAUAUGUUCAGUUUGAUGAGUGAUCAUGGCAUCAAUGACCCGAACAGAUACUUUUGAACGACUUUUGAAACAUGUGAAGAUAAAAUGUACUAAUGGCGAUUUAUUAAUGUUUUGAAAU